AUGUACGGCUGCACACCCGGACCCAGCUUCGAACCCCGGGUCGGGCCAAGUUUAGUUAUUGAGUCUUUCUGUAAAGUAAGCCUCAGUAACAGCCCGUUGGGAGCAGCAAGUUGGGAAGUUGGCGGUGUUUCACCCAUGUGCCUCGGAGAGCACGUAAAGCCGUCGGUCCUGCGCCUUAACUAUCACUGGUCGUGUCCAACAGUCGUCCCACCGGAGUACGAGAGUGACAGGAAUAGAGAGUGCACGUUGUGUCUGCGCGUACACUUGUGCACUAUAAUAUCUCCUGCGCAGUUGGCUAGUCUCAAUGAGAUUGACCGCCGUGGCCGGAAUAGA